AUGAUAACUAAAAUUUCCACAGAAGUAUUGAUUUUGAUUUUAAAUAAUGUUCAAUCAACUCAAGAUUUAUAUUCAUCAUUAUUAGUUAAUCGAAUCUGGUGUAAAGCUACUAUACCUAUACUUUGGGAAUUACCUUUCGGUCAAGAAUAUUUUAUGGAUGAUAAGUUAAAGAAGAAAGCAUUAUGUAUUCGAACUUAUAUAUCAUGUAUGGAUACUAAAGUUAGAAAUUUACUUAUUCAAAAUGGAUUUGAUUUAUCAUCAUCACCACCUCAAGCCACUUUUGAUUAUCCAUCAUUCAUAUUCAAAUUAAUAAUUGAACGUUGUAAAUUUGUGGAUUCUUUGAGCGUUCUUAUGAGAUUUUCUCGAGAGUUUCAAAAUUAUAGUGAUUUAAUUGAUUUAAUUCUCAAGUUACCUGGUGCCCUGGAAGUAUUUAAGAAAUUAGAAAGUUUUACUUCGACAAUAAGAAGACAUGAUAACCAGAUUGGUUCAUUAUAUGAAUCAUUAACGUUAAUUUGUGAUAAUAUUUUAAAUAUGAAUUUGGAAUUGGACACAUAUUCUCAAGUGCAAUUAUUAGUAAAACUUAUUAAUGUUCAAAAACGUUUAAAAAAUCUAUCAAUUGUUGCUCAUUAUAGUCGAGAUUGUAAUUCAUUAUUAUGGGCUAUCAUUAGUCAAAAAGAAACAUUAAAAAGACUUCGUUUAUAUUCAGUAAAUUUUUGUCAAUUCGAGCAGAAAUUAUUACCAAUUGGACAAUUUAUUUCACUUCAAGAAUUUUAUAUUGAAGAUUGUUCUGAAUUACGCAAUCCGAAUUGUUUACUCUUGGCUUCAUCAUUUACUCAAUUAAGUAGUUUUCAUUAUACUCAUUCGGGAAAUUCAAAUAAUGCGUAUCCUCAAGAAUUUAUUAUAAAAAUUCUCGAAACAGCCAAUUCAAAUUUAAAAAAAUUUUAUCUAGAUUUAUAUUCCGCAAUUACAUUUGACAUAUUUUCAGCAAUUUUAAAUUAUUGUACAAAGAUUACAGAAUUAUCUUUAUAUAAUUUAAGUUCUGAACAAGUAAUAGCAAUUCUUAAUAAUAAUUUUAAUGAAUUAAGAAGUUUUUCAUUUGAUUUUGGAAAAAGAUUUGAUGCCAAUGAAUUAUUAUAUCAAAUGGCCGAGAAUGUACCUGAAUUACUUGAAAAUAUUGAAUUUAGAAUGGGAAUAUUUAGUGCUGAUAGUUUAAGAAAAUUUUUUGAAGGAUGGUGCCGUAAAGGAAGAGGAAGAAAUAAAAAGAUUAUUGUAAAACGUAUGGGACAAUCUAGAUUAAGUGACGAACAUUUUAAAGUUAUUGAAGAAUAUGGA